AUGGCACGCUCUCUGCUCGACUGGCGUCAGCUUGAUCUGCCCUUCUCGCUCACCUUCUUCAAGUGGUUCCUCUACGUCUCCGUACCCGAGGACCUGAACUUGGCCGCAAAUCCUGCGGGUGUCACCGCGGCCGACAUCGCUUUUGUAGACCCUGACUUUGCUCGCCACUACCAAAGCCUCAUGCGAAUGAACCGACGGCGACAGAACCUGCUUGAGAUCCUGUCGCAGCAUCCUCAGCCGAUCUCAGCUGGGCGCACGUUGAGGACGGAUGAUGGUAGUCACUCGCAGCUUCACCAGAGUCAGUCUCGAGUACGCAAAGAGCUGCAGGUCCUGGAUUCGGAAAUUGAUGACCUCUGCCUAUCCUUCGUGCUUCCGGGGUAUCAGUCUAAUGCAUCCAUUAGACCUGCCCAUUUUAAUUAUCUCUUUCUUUCUCCCUCCGACCAGAUUGAAUUGUGCAAAAAUGGCGCACAGACUGCCGUGACGGCCUCGAAUCUCUCCGACUACCUGGCGCAGUGUGCCAACUGGCUGCUAGUGGAGGGCGUGCGUCGGCAGAUGUUGGCCGUAAUCGAGGGCUUCGAUUCUGUCCUGCCGGGAGUACGUACGCAGACACUGGCUCGACUCUUCCGCCCCCAUGAGUGUGAGGGUCUAUUCUGCGGCGCCGAGCACGGACCGCCUGGCCGACAGACAGCCAGUGGAUGGGAUGUGGAGAGUCUGAUGAAGUCCUGCCUCUGUGAUCAUGGCUACACGCUGCAAUCGAGGACUAUUCAAUUCCUCUUUGAGAUACUUUCGGAGUUUGAUGAGAAACAGAGGAGACUGUUUGUGCAGUUUACUACCGGUAGUCCUCGCUUACCGGUUGGAGGUUUCCGUUCUCUGAAACCACCCCUAAAAAUUGUUAUGAAGAAGGAGGCCGAAGACCGCGCUGACAAUCAUCUGCCGUCCGUGAUGACCUGUCAGAACUACCUCAAGUUGCCUAAUUACUCAACAAAGGAGAUUAUGCGCGAAAAACUGAUCUACGCUAUAAACGAGGGCCAAAACGCAUUCCACCUCUCCUAG